GAUGCCGUCCGGAGUCAUUUUUAUCGUGCAUAUUCCCUCUAGCAACUACGAACACGUACUUAGAUUCGGCAAACCGAAAGAAAUAUUGCCGAUAGAGGAUUCUAACGCGAAGAAAUGCUAUUUACAAGUGGAAUUGCGCAAUAAAAAGUCGAGAAGUAUACCCAUACAUUUAACACAGAGCGUAUACGGCGAGAAUUACAAUCCGACUUUGGAAAAUAUAAAUGAAGACGACGAAUUCAUUACCAUGGAAAGCAUUUUACAAGAACUGCUACGCAAACUAAACGUGGAGCCCGUGGUAUGGGUGAGCGACAAGCUAGGGAAUUACUAUGAGGUGGAGUUCCCGCUGCCUACGGGGGACCGAUGCGAGACCAUGCUCCAUUGUCUCACUCAACUGGGCAUUGGGGUCUGCAAUAAAUCCAUCGUCAGUGUUUUGCCCUGUAACGUGGUACACUCAGCUAUAGGCGUUGCAGAGGAUGGCGAUGAUCUCAUGCUAAACAAAAAUGAAGACGCAAACCGUUGGCGUAGCUUCGUAGAAUCGAUUCGUUCGAAGCUGACAGUGAAACAAGUCGUCGACGGCGUCCGGGGCGGCGGAGAGUUGUCAUUCGAUUAUCUCACUUUAAUUAUAACAGCCGAUUCCCUAGCAGCUUUAGGUCUGGUAGAGAACAACGCUUCAAACAUCGUAGCCGCCAUGCUAGUCUCUCCGUUGAUGGGGCCGGUGAUGUCGAUAACCUUCGGAACCAUCAUCGCGGACCGAAGCCUGGUGAGGAGCGGCUUCGAGAGUCUCAUCCUGGGAAUGUUCCUCUCGUUAUUGUUCGGCUUUAUAUUUGGACUGAUCCUGGGAACAACUGAAAUGCCCUGGGGUUUUGGUGAUUGGCCUACUGAGGAAAUGAAAUCUAGAGGAAACGUCCGCUCGUUAUGGAUGGGUGUACUAUGGGCUCUGACUUCUGGCACGGGCGUGGCGCUCGCCCUACUGCAAGGUAGCGCCGGGCCCUUGAUAGGCAUCGCUAUAUCAGCUUCUUUGCUGCCGCCUGUUGUGAAUUGCGGCUUAUACUGGGCGUUGGCCUGUAUAUGGCUGUUGUAUCCAGGCGUGAAAAUACCUCACAUCAAAGGGGAGCCGUACUACGGGAACGCAUCUUACGUGCCGCUCUACCACCCCUACCUACCCAUCGAGUUCGCUGUCAACGGAAUCGUCAGCUGCUGUCUAACCAUCGUGAACGUGAUAUGCAUAUUCAUAACGGCCAUCAUGUUCCUGAAAAUCAAAGAAGUUGCAGCGCCUUACACCUCCACUCCUGACCUGAGGAGGUUCUGGGAGCAGGACAUCAAGGUGGUCCGGGAAGCCAAUAGAGCCACUUUACAACGAGCCGAGGACGACGAACGAGCCGAAUUGGUCUUAGAGGACUUGAACCAAAGCGAAGACGAAGGAGUGAAGGAGCGCUUAGAAGCCGCUGUGCAAGAGGCCCUCGAUGACGAGACUUAUAGGAAAGUCAAGAGGAUGAGUUAUCAAAGUCACAAUGCUGAUGAGGUAAUUCGCACAAUCGGGUUACAACCGCGAUCGCCAGCAUCGGUUCGAUCCAGUCUGAUCGCGUCGGGUCGAGCCACGCCGCAGACCAAGGGCUCCAAUAUGAACGAUAUCGCUGCCUUGGACAAACUGCUGACGUCACUGCUGGGGCUCCAAAACAAGAGAACCAGAUCUUUCAGGUCACAUUUCGGCACACCUAGAGCCAGCCGGUUGCCAACAUUGGACGAGCGCGGAAGGAACCGACGCUCAGAAUCGUGGCCGGAGAGAAUAUUUGAAGAGUCCAUCGUUCGUAAUGUGCUCAACAGCGUCAGAGCAAGCAAGAGGAGUUCCGCCGUCGAAGAACCUUUUUUAACGCCUCAGUGAAACAUAGGAAUCUACUUUAGGCUCAGACCAAUUAUAGAAGGACCUGUAUCGCAUUCAUAUUCACAAACAAAAUUGUCUGUCAUUUUCUGAGGAAAACGAGCUUAGUUUUGGUAUAUAUCUUAUACUAAACUAGAAGUCUUUGUCCGUUUUUUACACCAUUCAACUACACAAAAAGGUAUUUUUCGGAGCUCUUUGACCGACGAACACGAUUAUAACUAUUUAACAUCGAUUCUAUAGAGACAGCUUUUAUAAUCGCAUUAGAUCGUUGAUCAUAUACUAUGACAGAAAAGUAAUACCUAGCGAGGCAGGUCAUAUACAAUAGUUGGUCUAGGCUAUUU